AUGAUUGCUAAGAUCUUCCAUUAUGGUUCUAUUAGUCUUAUUACCGAACCGUGCAAAUCAGCACACAUUGCUACUGCAAAAGCUGCGAAAGAUGCUGGUGUAGUUCUAUCUUAUGACCCUAACUUGAGGCUUCCUUUAUGGCCUUCUACAGAGAAUGCUAGAGAAGGAAUUCUGAGUAUAUGGGAAAUUGCCGAUAUCAUCAAGAUAAGUGAAGAAGAGAUUUCUUUUUUUACAAAAGGUGAAGAUCGAUAUGACGAUGCUGUUGUUUGUAAACUAUCCAUCCAAACCUCAAGCUGCUUCUUGUUACUGAAGGUGCAGAUGGUUGCCACUAUUACACCAAGACAUAAUCAAGUCAUAAGUACCGAGAAGUUUAUAAAAAAGUUGGCAGAAGUUCAGGCCCAAGAUGUCGAGGCUCAAGAACAGGGAAUGGAGCUACCACCAAUUGAUGAAGACUUUAUUUGGGAGGAAGUGUGUGAUGGGCAAAAGAAGAAUCGAGUUUACGAAAAAGAAGAAUCGCGUUUACGGAAAAGGGCAUUCUUUUCAAGCUCUAUCAAGUCUGGAACCACUUCUGCCAAUUCUAUAUCUGCAAGAGCAUCUUAA